UAUAGCGGGUAUCGAUAUAUAUUUCUUCGCUCUCAGUUUUGCAUCGAUAUUUAUCAUUCAUUCGAACGCCAGAUGUCAGCUGUUGCUUGAUCAACUUUUCGCUUGGAGUUGAUUUUUCUUGUUGUCUUCAAUUUGAUUUUGACUGCAUUAAUAUGACGCGCAAAUGGUCAAACAAGGAGACGAAGCUGUUGCUGCGCCUCUACCUGAAGUACAAGCGAGACUUCCGAGAACGUCACAAGAAGCGAGCAGAGAUCUGGCAACAUGUUGUGAGAGAGUUUGAACAGCAUGGCUUUAAGGCCAACUACAUAAUGCUGGAUCGCAAGUUUCGCAACAUGAGCCGCACCUACUUCAACAUCAAGCGUCAGAAGAAAGACGAUGAUCCGAACUGGGAGUACUUUAGCGCCAUGGACGAGAUCUAUUCAGGUACGUUGCCCGAACCGCGUAACAUAACGAUUACAUACGAAGAGCCGCCCGAGGAGGAGGAGAGCCAGCAGCUCUUUGAGAUCAAAACAGAGGAGCCUGAUGUCAGCUCAUCUGAGAUACUACUGGAUGAGCCUAACUUUGAGGAGUUGGUCUCUAGCCGCAUCAAAGAGGAGCAGCCAGAUAUCGAUAUGGAGAGUAGGAGAUUACUGCAAGCUCUGGAGGCUGAGCGUGUGGAGGAGCUGCGCGCCAUAAGAGUCACCUUGGAGGAGGCAAAUGAAAUACAGCGACAACGGAACACCCUGCUGCAAGAGCGAAAUGAGCUGUUGAGGCGCUAUCUUGGCAAUAAUAUCAAAUGUACUAAUCCGCAUCUAUAUAAUUUAGUUAACUAAAUUAGCAUUACUAAUUGAUUUACCUUCACCGACUACUACUUUAUUUAUUU